AUGGUCAAAAUCGCAAUCGCAGGCGGUGCUGGAGACGUAGGGCAAGAGUGCAUCGCUGCUCUCCUCGCCAGCAAGAAGCACGAGAUUGUAAUCUUCACGCGCAAGGACGUUCCAGUCGAGACUACCGACUCGCCCGUCAAAUCGGUCAAAGCCAACUACAAAGACCUAGACGAACUAACUAGCCGUCUACAAGGCGUAGACGUGGUUCUUUCUUUCAUCGCGCCGCACGACCUGCAAGAAGGGGUUUCCUUCCAGAAGAACCUCAUCGAUGCCUCGAUCAGGGCCGGGGUAAAGCGUUUCGCGCCCAGCGAAUGGGUCACACGCACCACAGAGCACAUGGAUUGGUACUCGUUCAAAAUCAGCAUCCGCGAAUAUCUGGCCGAGAUCAACAAAAACAAGAAAGUCAUCGAGUACUGUCUUUUCCAGCCGGGUCUCUUUUCCAAUUACUUGACCGUGCCGUACAAGUCAGCCGAGCACCUCACGCCACUUCAUGUCAUGUGGGAUUUCCAGAAUCGUAGGGCCAUCUUGCGAGAAGGUGGAGAUGAUGAUACCAUCACUUUGACCACGGUGCAAGAUCUUGCAGGCGUGGUCGCGCGCGCAGUGGAUUACGAGGGCGAAUGGCCGGUCGUAGGUGGCAUCCGAGGCUCGCGCAUCUCAGUCAAGGAGCUCAUUGCUCUCGGGGAAGAGCUAAGAGGUGGGCCUUUUGCCAUUGAAAGAAUCUCCAAUGAGGACUUGAAGAACGGGAAUUGGACUGCCUCCUGGUACCCGAAAUUCCAACACAAUGCCAUUCCACCAGAGAAGGCUGAGGAGUUCGCGAAGAUGGUAGUGACUGGCUUCAUUCGGGCGUUCGGGACAGGCGCCUUCGAUGUGGGAGACGAAUGGAACCAAUUGUUGCCUGAUUAUGAGUUCACGGAUGUGAGGACUUUCUUGCGGGAGGCGUGGAAGGGAAAGCCGUGA